AUGAGUGAACAACUUGUGGCGAAUGAACUGCUGGCGUUCCUGCAGCAAAAGCUGGACGUGAUGGAUGAGGUGUCCGCUGUCCAGAUCUGCGCAACGAACUUCAGCGAGCCUGACGUCGCUGCUUCCAAGCAGCUCCUGUUCCGGUUGCUGAACAAGAGCGACCAGAUGGUGUCCCGCCGGCGUGACGGGACAAAGAAGAGCAUACAAGACAUUAUCACGCUGCUAAAAGAGACCGAUCCGGACGACGUGCCUACGUUUGUGGCGAAGGAUCUUAACAAGCUUCCUCCCGUCACCUUCGACCACGUCGACGUUACAAGCCUGUUGAAGGACAUCGUCUUUCUGAAGGCAAGUCUGGCGGAUGUGCAGCGGAAGUUGGAUGCAUCCCAGGUUGCUGUGGCUGAUUUGCGCAGCGAACUCAACGAGUUGCGUAAAUCGGCAACGGUAACUGGGUCACCGGCAACGGGUGCAUCGAACAUAAACAUGCGGCGCGGAGCGUGCCUCGAGGUAUCGGGUGCAAGUUUCGCGUCAGCAGUUUUGUCGCCAUCGCCGCGGUCACCGCCGAAUGCUGAGCCGGCACAGUGCGCGCCUCGUGCGCCCCGCUGCCCCGCUCCCGUCCCUGUGGGUCCUCCCCGCACCGCCGCUCGACCGCUCGACCAGCUGCUUGAUUCUGCAGCCUCGACGAAACAUCAAGGUGUUCGUCGAGAUUAUGCCAGCGUCGCCAGUAGCUCAGUUGGUGCUACAAAGAAGCCUAUUUUGGUCAAGGGGACCGAUCAGGCUGAUGAUGAUGGUUUCGUGACGGUGCAAAGGAAGAAGCGCCGUCAGCGAACUAGCAAGAAUCGCUGUGGCACGGCUCCUGCGGAGUCUAACAUCAAAAUCCGUGCUGCAAAGCCGAAUACCCCGGUGUACAUCUCCCGCCUACACUACACCACUAAGGCGGAGGACAUUGUGGAGUACGUGCGUCAGAAGCUGAAGUACGCCCCGAGAGUGCAGCUGCUGGAGUCGCGCCAUAAUGCCAACUUUAAAGGCGGGUCCAGACAUGUAUCAUUUGCCCGAUCCGAUCACCGUAUCCGUAUCGUCGACGCGUAUCAUGAUCGCAUAUUGUGGACGGGGAAUGAUACGCGUAUCAUGAUACGCGAUCUCGAUACGCUGUUAUGA